GAUCCGAUAUGUAGCCGGUAUAAACGAUUCAACGAUCGUUUCGUGGAAUCUGAUUACGGCGCCAAGAUGCUGCUAUUGGGGAACAGAAUCUUCAAUUUCCCGCUUUCGCUGUCUUUCGGGACUUUCAUCAAACACCUUGAGCGCGCUUCAAAUCUCAAACCAACGGUCAUAAUCAGAAGAUCCACAACCACAAAAUCUUCAAUCAUCAAUGCAUCCCACUUCGAAACCCUGAAUCCACUACAAAAACAACAGGUCCACCUUUACGUCGAUGCUCUUCUCGAUUGGAACCAGAAGAUGAAUCUUACUGCGGUUAGAGAGGCAAGCGAUGUUAUGGAUAGGCACAUUGAAGACUCGCUUGCGAUUAUACCUCCCAUUCAAAGCUCAUAUGUUUCGCAUUGUGAAUCUUCGUUUGAAAACCUUAAUCUGAUAGACGUAGGAAGUGGCGCGGGACUUCCUGGAUUAAUAUUAGCAAUUGCUUGUCCUGGUUGGCAAGUGACGCUUCUGGAGUCAAUAAACAAGCGCUGUGUUUUCCUAGAACAUGCGGUUGGCUUGCUUGGUUUAUCUAAUGUGAAGGUUAUUAGAGGAAGAGCUGAGUAUGUGGGACAAAAUGUAGAAUUCAGAGAGGCAUUUGAUGUUACAGUGGCAAGAGCUGUUGCAGAAAUGAGGAUAUUAGCCGAGUACUGUCUUCCCCUUGUUCGUGUUGGUGGCUUGUUUGUUGCUGCGAAAGGUCAUGCUCCUGAGGAAGAAGUCAGGAGGGCCAAGAAAGCAAUUAGUUUGAUGGGUGCUUCCUUGCUACAAACAUGCUAUGUAAAUUCACACAGUCCAUAUGGACAAAGAACUGCAAUCAUAUGUUUGAAAGAUGGUCCCACCCCCAAGAAGUACCCCCGCGAUCCAGGUACACCAGCAAAGUUGCCGCUGUAGAUAGUCAUAACCCAAAUGGUCAUUAAUCCAGCUUACUACUCUCCUUUUUGUUCUUUUUCUUAUAAUAUUUGUAGUGGCAAAUUCUUUGUAGUAUUUACCCCACCAUUGCAAUGGUAUUUUACUGGGUAUAUACCCAACAAAUGCACAUAUGCUAUGUGCCAAGUUAAAGGUGCUCUUAU